UAGAAACACACGGUAAUCUCAACUAUUUCUAUCGAAAAUCAUAUUUGUAGCUGUUAUAUAUUAUAAUAAAACGUAAUAGAGUGUGAGCCUUUUUCAAUAUUUUAACAUAAAAAGAACCUUUUUUCCUUAUUCAUUACUAAUUCAAAACUCUCUUUAUAUAAAAAAAGAAACCUUUGCAUUUAAAGUUACAAAAUUAAUUCAACACAGCAUUCAAAUUAUUCGUUAUCGUUAUAAAUAAUUAACGAACAAUUUUGCGAACUAAAUUCGAUUUCAACUCGAACUAUGUCCGAAUGUAGAUUAUUUUAUCAACUGCAACAUGAUAAUAGUAUUUAUCAUGUAAUUUGUAAGAUUCAUUUUCAAGGGUCAGAAAAUACUAUUUUGCUUGAUGAUGAUGAACAUGAGUUCUUUUUUGAAAAUUCGAACGAUUCCGUAACGACAUUUCAUGUUACAUGCAAAUUAUUAUCACAUUCAUUAAUUGUAAAUCUAUUGAAUAAGAAAGUUUAUGGAAUGAAUUUUAAUGUAACUUAUUCUAAAAGUAAAUUAACUUUACAUCAAAAAUUAAAUCUCAAACAAACCUUGCAGCAAAUUCUUCCUUCUUACUUCUCACAUAUUUCUGAUAAUGAAGUAAGACCAGACUCUGAUGAAUAUUUUAAUUCCUCACCUGAAGAAAUUGAAAGCAAUAUUAUGACGACACAUAGUACAAGUUCUUCGAUUAUUGAUAGUCAAAAUAUGCAAAGUCAUUUAUCAACUGAAAGCUUGGAAUCUAAUGAACUCAGAUUAUUUUAUCAAGCACCAGAUGAUGAUAAUAUUUAUCAUGUAAGUUGUAAAAUGUUUUUACAAGAUUUGGAAAUUUCUGCUUCUCCGGAUGAUGUUUAUGAUUAUGAAUUCAUUUCAAAUGAUUCCGAAAUGAUACUUUAUGUUACAUGUAAACUAUUACCAUGUUCUUUAAUUGUAAAUAUUCUAAAUAAGGAAACUUACGGAAUUGAUUUUGAUAUAUCUGAGUUGAAACGUAAAUGUUUAUUAUCUUCGCAUCAAAAGUGUAAUCUCGAAAAAAACUUGAAGAAGACUCUUAAUUUGUACUUUUUACAACAUACAAGUGAAACAGGACUAUAUUUCAGUGAAAAUUUAAGUACUUCUCAUGAAAGUAUUAAUGAUAACAUAGUUAAUAAUCUCGACAAUGUUUGUCCACACAAUUGAUUGUAAUAUUUUUAUCAAGACAACUAUCUAUAAGGAAUAUUGGAUUUACUUCGUAAUUAAAUAAAUUAAAUCAUAUAUGAUGAAAAAAAGAAGAAAUUAU